AUGGAGUAUGGUAUUUAUGUUCAACAUACAUCUGAUAGCAAUAUGAUUAUGGUGUGUCUCUAUGUUGAUGACAUAUUGUUAAUAGGAAAUUGUUCAAAUGAGAUUGUCAAGUUCAAGAAGGUGCCGAUGAAUGAGUUUGAGAUGACUGAUCUAGGAAAUAUGAUAUAUUUUCCAAGGAUGGAGAUUUUGCACCAUAAGGGUAUAAUUUUGCAUCAACUGAAGUAUGAACUUGAGCUUCUCAAGAGAUUUGAGAUAAUAAACUAUAAUUCUACAAUCACACCUGUUGAAACAAAUCACAAGUUGGAUUAUGAUGUUGAGGAUGAUGACGUAGAUGCUAUAAAUUUUAAGCAGUUAAUGGGCUCAUUGAGAUAUCUCUGUAACACCAUACUUGACAUCUGUUAUGCAGUUGGAAUGUGA